UGUUGUAUUCUUAUUAAAGCACAGUAGUAAUUUACUCAAAGAAGUAGAAUUUUCGUGACAGUUUUUGUUUGCUGUUCAGGCCAUUGAGAUAUGAAUAGACUACUUAGGGUAGUCACACUACUCAUCAAGUUCCUAUUCUUCACAAUCUGGGGGGCUAUACGGGCCUGCAUACCAAGAUGGUGUUCAAAAUCAAGACCUGACUUCAGUGCUGAUAUUUGCCUUGUUACGGGAGCUGCUCAGGGCCUGGGCCGACAACUCGCUAUCAAAUUCGCCGAGAGUGGAUCUACAAUGGUUCUGUGGGACAUUGAUCAGCAAAAACUAAAGGCAGUGGCCGAGGAAAUAACUGAAAUGGGUAACGAAGUAUUUACAGACGUGGUGGACUGUGGGAACAGACAUCAAGUGUACCGGGCUGCCAAGAAGAUACAGAAGGAUAUCGGAGAUGUGGCUGUCCUCGUGAACAACGCCGGCCGCCUGUCAGGACAGAAGAUAUGGGAGAGCUCUGAUAAAGCCAUCGAGAAGACGUUUCAAGUCAACACUCUUGCUCAUUUCUGGACAGUGAAGGCGUUCCUUCCCUGGAUGAUGGAGAACGACUAUGGCUAUAUUGUCCAGAUAUGUUCUGUGUGUGCGUUUGUGGGUGGUGCCGGACUAACCGAUUAUUGUGCUUCCAAAUCAGCGGCAGUCAUGUUUGCAGAGACACUUCGUACAGAGCUAAGAGCAGCCAACAAGACUGGGAUCAAUGUCACCUGUGUGUGUCCGUCGCAUAUCGGAGAUACGAGGAUGUUUGCAGGCGUGAAGACCAGGUUGCAGUGGUUGUUUCGUAGCCUGAGGGCGGAGGACGUGGCUGAUCGCACUCUGAGGGCAGUUCAGGACGGGCAGUUCCUUGUGGCUAUCCCUAAACUAUUCUAUGUGUUCAUCUUCUUGAAAGGGUUUCUACCAACUCGAGCUGUUGACUGUAUUCAGAGGAUAGUUGGAGCAGACGAUGCAAUAGACAGUAGUCACUCACAGUGACAAUUCCACCAUGUUUGUAUGUAUGUGCGUAUAAUUCUGUUCAAUGUCUACUGCAUAUUUUGUAUAAUUCCUACACUUCAUAUUAUUAUUUGUAAACAUUCAAUUAUCAAAAACUUGUACAUUUCAACAA